UUCAAAACACAUCACAACAACGCAAACCCGAUCUCCGACAAUUCAUUGAACUCAACACAUCUUACAAAUCUCCGACAAUCAGUUCCAAACCAUGGCUCAGAAUCAACCAAUCUUUCAGACCAAACCACAAGAACAUUUUGUGCAGAUUCCCAUAAACAUCGAGCGUGACUCAACCAACCUCAUAAACCACACAAACCGGAAACCAAACCACUGGCCAACAAUCAUCCUCUCAACCAUCCUCGUCCUCCUAGGUCAAACCAUAGCCAAACUCCUCGAAAACUUCUACUACGACCAAAUCAACCGAAGCGAGUACGACGAAUCCCGUCAAAACGACGGCGUAUGGACUCAAGCUCUCCUCCAAACCGUUGGAUUCCCUCUCCUCCUCCUCCCUUUCAUCAUCCUCACCAAAAAGAACCACAACCAAACUUGCGACAACAACUGCCACUACAAAUCUCUUACCAUAAUCUACAUAUGCAUAGGUAUCGUCAUGUCGGUCCAAGCAAGACUCUCCGCCAUGGGAAAACUCGAGAUCCCUUUUGGUGUUUUCACUCUCAUCUACACAACACAGCUCCUCUUCACUCCCAUCUUCGCACGUCUCAUCAACAAGAUCAAGUUCAACAGAUGGGUUAUAAUCUCUUUGGCCUUAGCCAUCGUCACCGGAGCUCUCACCUUAUCCUCCGGCUUCGGCGGGGAGCCUGACGAAGCCGAGGAGAAUUACGCAAGAGGCUCAUGGGCUGCUCUCUUCGCCGGAGUUUGCUUCUCUCUCCUCCUCUGUAACUUCCAAAACGUCUUCGACAACUACAUCUUCAAACGUUCCGAGUCAACAACAACAACCAGAAAGACAAGCUUCUCCUCCGUUUUCGAAGUUAUCAUCUUCUCUUCCCUCGUCGCUACGGUUAUCUCAACGGUGGGGCUUCUCAUCGCCGGGGAGCAGGAUGAUUUGAAGAGGGAGAUGAAUGAGUUUUCUAAAGGGAAAGGUGCGUAUGUGAUGGCUAUGGUGGGACAAGCUGUUUCGUGGCAGGUUUAUUGGGUUGGGAUCGUUGGGCUUGUGUUCUCUGUCUCGAGCGUGUUGUCGAAUGUGAUCAGUGUUGUGACGUGGCCGGUCGUGUCGGUUCUUGUGGUGAUAUUCUUUAAUUUUAUGGAUGAUGAGUUUGAUGUGUUCAGAGGUGUUGCGUUGAUCACUGCUGUCUUGAGCGCCGCUGCUUAUUUCUUCAGGCUUCACAAGGAGAAUCGUGAUAGUGACGUAAUAGCUAAUUAAAGUUUAAAUUUUCGUUAAUUUGUUUGUUAUAUGUUUUUUUAUUUUUCCUGUGUGAAUUAAUCAUAUUUUAGUUUUGUAUUUGUGUGUAAAUGUAACACUUUCGGUUCAUACUUUAGGUGUAAAAUUUAUAUUAACUUUUUAUUUGUAUGUUACUUUUGAAAUAUGAGAGUGUAGACUGUUUUAUGAAAUUUUAUAUUCUUGCGGUACAAAAAUACUGUAGCGUUAAGAUGAUGCAUAAAACCUAUUGGGCUUCAUUUUGGCCCAAAUUAUGUUUUGUUAUUUUUCA